UUUGUCGCCCGUCCUGACUCCUCUCCUAACCUUCUCUAUAAUAUUACAAUAAUCUAAUGAUUUGCUCUUUUCUCUAUCUGUUAAAUCCAUUUUCUUUUUGUUGAUAACUUCUAACCCCACAAACGAUUCAGAAAUUUACACCGAAUGCUCCUCACUGAUUCCCCAUCAUCGCCCUCUCUCAUCUUUUCUUCUUUGAAUCUUUUACCCUUUUUUGCAUCAUUAGUUCAUUUAAUAGUCUCCUCCCAUUUCUGAAUCUAUGGUGGUUGUUGGCAACAAAAAAUGCUCUGCGCCGAGCUAAGAAGAACGGCUGAAAAUGGCUCAGAUGUCGCUGACAAUCGUUUCUACCAACGUGUUUAUUGCCGCUCUUCUCUGUGUCUUAAUGGCGAACCAGGUCGCAUCAUCAAGUUCUUUAGUCGGAUUGUCUGAUAAUUCAACGCUACUUCAAACCAAGGAUAAGGAUGAGAUUGUCUCCGGGUCGGUGAAACGUACAGUUCUCUGCAAAGAUGGAGGAUUAUACAAGUUCUGUUGCGGCUCCCAAGUUUCGCUUAAUUCGGUGGAUGGUUGCGAGAAAGGAUCAAAACCUUUUAAGACUAGACGACGUCGCUCAAACAAAUUGCAUAACAGAUAUUUAUUACGGGAAAUCGUGGAUUUUGCAAAUGAAAGGGCUGCUACCUCCAGCAGGAGCAACAAGUUAGAGAUGGAACCUGUAAUAGUCUCCGGAAAUUCGACCAUUUUGAGCAGAAAUCGAACUUUCGAGCUUGGGUUUUUCAGCACCAAUGGCGGAUCAGACUGGUAUAUCGGCAUGUGGUACGCCUCGAUACCCAUCCGAACCUACGUUUGGGUUGCAAACAGGGAGGCACCAGUCAAAAACCUGACUUCGGCGACAAUGAGAUUGACUGAGGACGGCCGGCUGAAGAUAACGGACUCCGAUGCUCGUGAUGUCUGGCAGACGGAAAAUGCAGAAGGGGCCACGAAGGUGAUGCUUCUAGACACCGGAAACUUAGUUCUUCUAUCUCGCGAAGGGACGGCCGUUUGGCAAAGUUUCGAUUUUCCGGCUGAUACGUGGCUUCCGGGAAUGAACAUCACGGCCCGUGUGGCGAUAACGUCUUGGAGGAGCACAUCUGACCCGUCACCCGGAAAUUACACUCUCAGGCUAAAAUCUCCCGGUUACGGCGAGUUCGAACUCGUCUUUAAUGGCAGCAAAACCUACUGGACGACCGGAAUUUGGACCGGGUCUACGUUCUCCAAUGUGCCUGAGAUGAUGAUACGUUACAUCUACAGCUUCUAUUUCCUCAAUCCUUUCACGCCCGUGGCGUCCUUCGGGUACACAGAAAUCUCGCUGGAAAACGGUUCCCGGCCACCGCUUACACGGUUUUCCGUCGAUUACUCCGGCCAGUUGAAGCAGUACACAUGGUCUACGCAGACUGACAACUGGAAUAUGUUCUGGUCUCGUCCUGAGAAUCGGUGCCGUGCCUACGGACUAUGUGGGAACUUGGGUGUUUGCAAUAGCUUGACAUUGAGGCCUUGCGACUGCCUCUCUGGGUUCCGGCCUCUUGAUGACCGUGCAUGGAACUCCGGCGAUUUUUCGGGCGGUUGCCGUCGCGAGGAUGAGAGCCUGUGCGAUGAGGACGAUGAUUUCCAAGAGGUUGGGGUCGUCAGUUUCGACGAUGUCGUCAGUGUGUCAUUUCCUGGCAGUCGGCGAUCAUGCGAAGAGUCGUGCCUGAAGAACUGUUCGUGUUUUGGUUUCAUUCACAACAUGAAGGCUGAUUUGUGUAAGAAUCUAUAUGGGAAUCUGCUGAAUCUCCGAAAUCUGACAACUGAUAGCAGCGGAGAAGAAGUUUUGUAUGUUAGGGUUGGGAGUGAAGGAUUUAAGAAGAAGGGCAAGUGGAGAGCAGUUGCUCUGCUUAGCAGUGUUUGCGGGUUGAUGGCAGUUUUGGGUUUCGCGGUUUUGAUGUUACUAGUUCUGCAGAAGAGGAAGAUCAGGAAAAAGAAGGAAGAGGAAGCUGUUUUCCCUGUAACGAAUUUGAAGGUAUUUUCUUACAAGGAACUCUCUGCAGCAACUCGAGGUUUCUCGGAGAAGCUUGGGCACGGAGGUUUUGGGGCGGUUUUUAGGGGGGAAUUGUCCGAUUCGUCGCUUGUGGCUGUAAAACGGCUUGAACGUCCUGGAGGCGGUGAGAAGGAAUUUCGGGCGGAAGUCUGCACAAUUGGGAACAUUCAACAUGUCAAUCUCGUGCGACUGAGAGGCUUCUGCUCGGAGAAUUCUCACAGACUCUUGGUUUAUGACUAUAUGCAGAAUGGGUCAUUGAGUGUGUUUCUGCGGCGAGAUGCGCAAAACUUGAGUUGGGAUGUCAGAUUCCGGGUGGCAGUUGGGACGGCAAGAGGUAUCGCAUACUUGCACGAGGAAUGCCGGGAUUGCAUCAUACAUUGUGAUAUCAAACCAGAGAACAUUCUUCUAGAUAGUGAUUUCACAGCAAAAGUGUCAGAUUUUGGGUUGGCCAAGCUCAUAGGGCGUGAUUUCAGCAGGGUUCUAACGACCAUGAGGGGGACGUGGGGGUAUGUUGCACCGGAGUGGAUUUCUGGGGUUGCCAUUACAGCAAAGGCAGACGUAUACAGUUAUGGGAUGACAUUGCUGGAGAUCAUAGGUGGGCGGCGAAAUGUGGAGGCACCACCAUCAGAUAGUAGGGAGAAGCCAAUGGAGGAAAAGUGGUUCUUUCCUCCAUGGGCAGCACGCCAGAUAAUUGAGGGCAAUGUAGCUGGAGUGAUGGAUGAGCGCCUUGCUGGGGCUUAUGAUCCUGUAGAGGCAGAGCGAGCAGCAAUGGUCGCUGUGUGGUGUAUUCAGGAUGAAGAAGCCGCCCGACCUACAAUGGGUAUGGUGGUGAAAAUGCUAGAGGGGACGGUGGAAGUCACUGUUCCACCACCCCCCAAGUUGCUACAGGCUCUGGUAUCUGGGGAUUCCUUCCGGGGAGUUGCCAUUACUGGCCAUGGGAUAUCUACUGCUGGUGCUAAUUCUGAUGAGAGGAUGGCAGUCUCCUCUGGGGAUUAAUCCUAAAUUAUCAUACUAACAACCCCUUUGCCAGUAUAUCUAAUAAUGACAAAAUUAUCUUAUUUGCCUUUGGUAUCUUAUAACAAAUUGUCCCAGUCAGGGGCGGCUAAAUGAAACCAUGGCAGUUGUAGUCUUGCUCGGGCAACCUGAGUACUAGUGGUACACAUCAAGUUGAAGUAGCAGUGACUUGGAGGAAUUAUUACUAACUUGUAUAUGUCUCAACUUGGGUCAAGUUCAAUUGAAAAUUGAAACCCAAUCUCUACUAGUUGAUAUGCAACCAUUGAAUUUUCUUCCAGUCUUUAGUAAGAGUCAGUUUUUCUGGAUUCCACUGGGACAGUGAAGCAGAAAUACAGCAACUGGGUUGUCUGAACUCUAUACUCUAAAUUGUUGAAUGUGAAAGCAUUUUCUGAUA